AUGUUGAGAUCCAUCAUCGCUAGUGCUCCUAGAAGAACUCUUGCUGCUGCUCGCCCUGUUGCUAGCGCCGUUACUAUGCGUGCUGCUAUGCCUGCGCUAAGAUUUUACUCCGAAAAGGCCGAAAAGGCUGAGGAAAAGCCCGCUGAAGAGGAUGCCGAUGCUGAGGCUGGUGAAGUCCACCCUCUGCAAAAGGAGCUGGAUUCAUGCAAGACUAAGCUUGAUGAGAAGGAUAAACAGGCUGCUCAGUUCAAGGAUAAGUACCUGCGUGCUGUUGCUGAUUUCCAGAACCUGCAAACCCGUACUGUCAAGGAGGUUUCCGAUGCUAAGGACUACGCUCUGACCAAGUUCGCUAAGGAUCUUCUUGAAUCUGUUGAUAACUUUGACCGUGCACUGGCAGUCGUUGCUGAGGACAAGAGAAAUGAUCCCGUUGAGCACAAAGAGAUCAUUGAUCUAUACGAAGGUGUCAAGAUGACCCAAAAUGUUUUUGAAAAGACUCUUCAAAAGUACGGUAUUACCAAAAUUAACCCCGUUGGUGAGAAGUUCGACCCCAACCUUCACGAGGCCACUUUCCAGGCGCCACAGGCUGACAAGGAGCCCGGCACCGUUUUCUUUGUUCAACAAACUGGCUUUAUGCUCAAUGGCCGUGUUCUGCGUGCUGCCAAGGUCGGUAUUGUUUUGGAACAGGAGUAA